AUGGCUUCAAUCUUUGAGACAAGAAAGAAAACUUCUAUGGCUGCCAUAUUGCUACUUCUAGGGCUGUUAUUUGUUAUUUGGGUUUACUUUGAUGCAGCUGCACGAUCGGUUGGCGUAUGUUAUGGACAGAUUGCCAAUGAUUUGCCACCUCGAGCUGAAGUUAUAGAUCUGUAUAAAGCAAAUGGUAUCGAGAGGAUGAGAAUUUAUAAUCCAAAUUCAGAAACCCUUGAGGCCCUCAGAGGAUCCAACAUAGAACUUAUUAUUGGCGUUUAUAAUGAUGACGCUCAAAACCUUGCCAACAACGCUGCCGCUGCAAAUGAUUGGGUCCAGACAAACAUAAAGGCCUAUUUGCCUGAUGUCAAAUUUCGAUACAUUACUGUUGGGAAUGAAAUAAAGCCUAAUGAUCCAAUGGCCCCAUAUGUUCUACCAGCCAUGCAGAACAUUCGCGCUUCUAUUGCUUCUGAAGAAAUUAAGGUUUCAACGGUAAUAGAGAUGUCUUUGUUGGGAAGUUCAUUCCCUCCAUCAAAUGGCUCGUUUAGUGACGUUGCUACUUCAUACAUCAAUCCAAUCGUUGCCUUCUUAGCCACAACUGGAGCACCACUUUUUGCCAAUGUGUACCCAUAUUUUAGCUACAUAAGUAACACAAAAGACAUCAACCUUACCUAUGCCUUAUUCACUUCCCCAGGGGUUGUGGUACGAGAUGGCAAUUUAGAAUACAAGAAUCUCUUUGCUGCAAGCGUUGAUGCCCUCUACUUCGCUCUUGAGAAGGUCGGCGGUGCCGACGUGAGUGUCAUUGUAUCGGAGAGCGGCUGGCCGUCUGCAGGCGGUGUAGCAGCUACAGUUGAGAAUGCGAGGACUUACUAUAGCAAUUUGAUAAGCAACUCCAAGAAUGGAACUCCCAAGAGGCCUGAAUAUUUAGAAACUUAUUUGUUUGCCAUGUUUGAUGAAAACCAAAAGGGCCCUGAAGAAACUGAAAGAAACUUUGGUCUCUUCUUUCCAAACAAGCAACCCAAGUACCAGUUGACCAGUUUCGCUUAG